GCUGCGACUAUUGCGCAAGGAUGAAGAGGGCCUGCGACGGGGGCUCCCCCUGCGCCCUGUGCAGUCGGAGAGGUAAGGUCUGCGAGAGGCGGCUGCGGCGCAAGAGCGGACCGGCCAAGGGCGCCAAGUACGCGCCCCGCAGGAGGAAGUUCGAUAGCGAGGCCGCCGCCCUAGCUGAGGAGGAAGCCGCGGCGGCGGCGGAGGCGGCGGCAACCGUUGCCUCCUUGAAGGACAAGGAGAGAAACAGGGGCGGGUUCAACAAGUGCGGCGGUGGCGGCGGCAGGUACGGUGAUGCUCUCGGCAGCAGCGGGGUUAGCAGGAGCAGCAGCGGCGGCGGCGGCAGCGGCGGCAGCGGCGGCAGCGGCGGCAGCGGCGGCGGCAGCGGCGGGGGGGGUGCUGCUGCUGCUGUGGCGUUGGCGACGAAACCUGUUCGGCGAAUCCAAGGAAGCAAGAGGCGCGAAGAGAACGACCGACCGCCUUCGGGCGGCGGAGGCAGUCCCUCGGCUACGACGGCGACGGCGACACCGCCGCCCGCGGGGAGGCCGCCCGUGCUCAAGACAGAAGAAGCGCCGUCCACGUCGCAGCCGCAGUCGCAGUCGCAGCCGCAGUCGCAGCCGCAGCUGCAGCAGCGGAACCAAGAGCAUUGGAGGAAGCCGGGGAGGGGUGAGAAACGGGGAUCCAGUUGCUCGGACGACCGCAGCAGCACCAGCAGCACCAGCGGGGGCUCCGCAGAAUCUCCAUCGUGGUCCCGAGGGGUUCCGCGGAAGCGGCGCUUCCCUUCGAAGGGGUGGGCCCGGGCGGCGGGUAGGGGGGGGGAUGAGCGGGCCCCCGCGUCGCCCUCUGGCGACACCUGCGGUCGAACCUGGCAGACGAGUGGCGGGGAAGAGCGGGCGUCCGGUGGUGUGGGCGUCGGCGCCUGCGGCGGCGGCAGGGAAGUCGGCCGGGAAAGCUCGAGGCGGAACGGAAGCAGCAGCAGCAGCAGCAACAGCAACAGCGACAGCAGCGAAGCUCCGUCUUACUCUGCCGCCGCUGCCGCCCCUGUCUCCUGCUACAACAACGUUCCAGCGGAGGAUCUCCGUCCGACCGCCGGUGGAAGUCGUCCCUACAGCCCAAAGGACGUCGCCCGUGUCCCCCGCAGAGAGGAGGGAGCAGAAGAAGAGGAAGAGGAAGCGCGGGGGGUGUCGCAGCGAAACCAGAGUGUUGAUCGUCACCAUCCCCCGGAGCGGCAGGCGACCAGGGGCGGCGACGUCGAGACCACGACGAGAUCACCGUCAUCGGGCACGGGUUGGACAGCAGCAGCAGCAGCAGCAGCUGCGGCAACAGCAGCGACACGAACAACAACGCGGUCACCAGCGGCGGUGGCGGGGAAAGCCGUGGAGCAGGCCGGCCGCCGCUGCCGGCCCUCAUACCCCAAGCAGGAGGUGCGCGACGACAUGGACUACACGGCCGGCCGAGUUGUAUCGGUCUCCCCCUUGAAGAAGGCGGUGACUCGGGAGGGCGGUGACGAGGAGGGACCGGACCACCAGGGGGG